AUGCCAGCUCAACGGAAACACGCGACAUCUGCCUACGAUAUGACACUACACAUGGACUGGACAAAUGCCGUGUUUAACGACUGCAUCUACAUGAUUGGUGGUGUGAAUGCCAACGAUCGACCAACCAGCCUCGUUGACAUUAUGAAGCCCCUCACCAGGUCCUUCGUUAAAGCACCUUCAAUGAAACAGGCACGAUUUAAGGCUGCCGCUGCAACAAAAGACACACAAAUUCUCGUCUUCGGAGGAUUUUGUCACCAGAAAGCAUUGUCGUCUUGUGAAAGUAGUUCGGCUGUUUGUGUGCGUGACCCACCGACAACGGCAAGGCCACCUCUAGGAAUGGUGGCUGCAGCAGACUUUGACCGUGGCAUCGGCAUUUUUAGCAGUCGAAUCCACCUUUGA